UCUUGUUCCCGAUAUAUCAUGGCUGAUCCACAGAAGCAGCUCCAAGCUCUUUCGGAUGAAUUCCAAGCUCUCCAGACCGAACUAGACGGUCUGGUCGAAGCGCGCCAGAAGCUGGAAUCACAACAGCAGGAGAACAAGAGCGUCCAAAAAGAGUUCACCUCGUUAGACGAUGACGCAAAUAUCUACAAGCUGGUCGGGCCUGUGCUGCUGAAGCAGGAUAAGAGCGAGGCUAUGAUGUCCGUCAAUGGACGUCUAGAGUUUAUUGAGAAGGAAGUCCAACGGAUUGAAGGCCAGAUCCAGGAGAACCAGGACAAGAGUGACAAGAAACGGACGGAGAUUGUGCAAUUCCAGAGCCAGGUUCAACAGGCGGCUGCGGCAUCUGCUUGAACUCAGCUGGAAGUUGAACUGGAG